UCCCUGACGCUCCACCACACGGAAAAGCCAAAACACGAAGCCGUCUGUGAGUACCGCCCCUACUCCUGCCCGUGCCCCGGCACCUCCUGCGACUGGGAGGGAUCGCUGGAAGCCGUGAUGUCCCACCUCAUGCACGCCCACAAGAGCAUCACCACCCUUCAGGGAGAAGACAUCAUUUUCCUCGCCACAGACAUUAACCUGCCAGGGGCAGUGGACUGGGUGAUGAUGCAGUCGUGCUUCAGCCACCACUUCAUGCUGGUGCUGAAGAAGCAGGAGAAGUGCGAAGGCCACCAGCAGUUUUUCGCCACCGUGCUGCUCAUCGGCACCCGAAAGCAGGCGGAGAACUUUCAGUACAGGCUGGAACUGCACGGCAACUGCCACCGGCUGACCUGGGAGGCCUCCCCCUGCUCCAUCCACGACGGCGUGUCCGUGGCCAUCCGCAACAGCAACUGCCUCGUUUUCGACACAGCCACCGCGCACCUCUUCGCCGACAACGGGAACCUGGGCAUUAACGUGACCAUUUCCAUGUGCUGCCCGUGACCCGAGCUGGCUGGACGACGUGGCGCUUCACCGGGGGUUUGCUUUUGGUUCCUGUUUUUAACGCUGUUCAGCUAGGUCAUCGUGUGCGCUAAGGUUCCUGACUAGCCAGCAGUUGUGACUUUGGGGAGAAGAGGAACAAGAGUGUCCCGUAAGUAACAUGAGUGGGACAAGGUCUUUUAAAAUUCUUGGGUGCCUUAGGAAGAUUACACACACACACACAGUUACCUUUUAUAAUUUAAUUGUAUUUUAUGUAAAGAGUGCUUCCAUUGGACAUGUGGCUUAAGAAGCUCCUGUUUGGAGCGCACCUAAAAGCCCUUUAAACAGCAGUACAGAUUCGCUCUCUCACUGGUGAGCUCUAAUAACAGGCUGCAGUAUCACAGAAGGGUUUGGGUUGGAAGAGACUUAAAGAUCAUCUAUUCCAAUCCCCUUGCCAUGAGCAGGGACACC